ACCCUAGAAACCUCUGUUUAGCCAUUGAGAUGCAGGACUCGUUCCAGGUCCACAGAUUACCUCAAUCCAAGUACGUAGACGGAGUUAGAUGGCUUCCACAAGGUUCCGCUUUGAAUCGUUUCUUCGCAGCAGCCUUCUACGACCCCGACAGUGACUCUUCCUCACUCGAGAUCCAAUCUCUCGACCCUAACAAUAACAACCCUUUAGUGGAGCCGUUAUCUUCAUGGACUUCACCUUCUCGCGUUUCUUCACUUGAACUCGCUGGAAACAACGAUGGCUCCUCCUUCAAACCUAUGGUUUCGGCUGCCACGUGUUCCGGUUCUCUCCACGUGGUGGUGGCUGAUCUUGUGGAAGGAGCGGAGAUGGAGGAGGUUUACGCGGUGGAAGGAGAGGGGUUUCACGUGGGACGCGUGGAAGGUGUGGAUUGGAGGGAGGGAGGAGAGUGUGUGACGGUUGGGGAUGAUGGGAGAGUGAAUGUGGUGACGGUUGUGAAUGGGGAAGGGUUGAGAUACAGGAGGGUGUUUGAUGGGAAUGGGAUUGUGGGGUAUAGAGCUGUGAAGUGGGCUUCUCCUAGUGAGUUUGUUACUGGUGGUUAUGGUUUUGGUUUGCAGUUGUGGGAUCAGAGGAAGGGUGGUGAAGCUGUCUCGCAGCUUAAAGGGGACUGGUUUCAAGGAAAAACAUCUGCAGUUGUCCACUCCAUUGACAUUCAUCCAUCCAGAAAGCACACUUGCAUUGCGGGAGGUUCUUCUGGCACUGUUUUUGCUUGGGAUCUCCGUUGGCCAAAGCAACCCAUCGUUCUUUCUGGAGUUGGAGCAAGUGAGAGUACAAACAAUCCUCUCUCUGAAAGUGAGGUAUGGGAAGUUCAAUACGACUCAUACACAAAAUCCAACAUCUCGUCCUCAAGGAUUCUCCCUGUUAUGACCUGCUCUGAAGAUGGAAUCCUUGGUGUCAUCGAGCAAGGGGAAGAACCGAUCGAGCUUCUGGCUGAACCUUGUGCCAUCAACAGUUUUGACAUCGACAGACAGAAUCCACAGGAUGUGAUAUGCAGCUUAGAGUGGGAGUCAAUUGCAAUCUUCUCAAGGCCUUAGUGUACGGACCGGUGCAGGUGGUACAAUAAGUUUUUGGUUUUCUUCUCUGAGCCACAACAAAGAAACUGAGAUUGUGUUCGUUCAUAGGUGGUUGGUGACAAGUUUGAAUGUGUUUAUAUUUUGACUACAACAAGUUGUUAAUUACAAUUUGCACAAACAUAAGUUUGUAUUCUUCUUCAACCUAAGCUUGUGGUCUCAAAGAUUUGCAGUUACUAUUGAAUCUUUCUUUCUCAAUCGCUGUAUCAGUGUG